CCAAACUCACACACACACACACUCGUCUCCCAUCUCUGUUCCCCGCUCCUCGACCCGCCGCCACUCACCUCCGCCGCCGUCCGGCCCUCCGCGCCGCCCAAGUUUCCGCCUCCGCGAACGCCAGUCGCGACCACGGGCUGCUCCGUCCAUGGCCCUCCUGUACCUCAUGCUCCUCCGCCGCUCGACGCCAGCAGGUCGCGACCAGAACUCUCCUCCGUCCCCUGCUCUUCCAAGCGCCUGCCCCCCCCGCGCCGACCAUCAUCAAAGCUUACUCGCGAAUCGCGAACCGAGCGUUCCCCGCGGUCGAGCAUGAUUUCCUCCAGUCCGGCCUCUCCAGUAUCAAUUUUCAAGCUUUUCUCCGCCUCCUGCCGGCCCCCGCCUCUCCCGUGCAGCCCUGAUGCAGCCACCGCCGACUGGGUCCUCCUGGAGCCGCUGGCGUACGUCGCUGACCGCACCAACGCCACCACCGCCGAAGCCAUCUCGAGGACCGGCUACACCAUCCAGGCCACCUUCUGCGCCGCCGACCCGCCGGGUGUCUCCUGCGUUUGCAUCCACUGCCCGGGCAUCGAGGAGGCCGACUUCCCGGAGAGGCCCCGCAUAAUCUGCUCCCACAAGGACCUCCUCCUCCUCUGGCUCACCUUCAAAUUCGGCCCCUACGACGAGGAGGGGCUCCGCGAGUACUUCGUCUACAAAGCCGGAACCGGGCGGCCGUCACUCCACCUGCUCCCAGAUCCCCUUCCGUUCGUCGCCAGAGCCUGGGAGGUCGGCCUCGUGCCCCACGGCGACGACGGCCAUUUCUUGCUGGCCGCUCUCUGCUUAACACAGACCCCUUGGGUCUACGACCUGCAUCUCUUCUCGUCUACGACAUGGGCUUGGAGCACCAAGGUGGCAUCAGCAGACAUGCCAGACAAGGUAAAUUCUCGGACGCAACCAGAUGUGAUUCACAAGGUGAUUUCGCUUGGAGGAGGCACACUGGGCUGGGUUGAUCUUUGGAGGGGAAUUUUGCUCUGCAAUGUGCUCGACGAGGUGCCUGUGGUUCAGGUAAUCCGGCUGCCUAUGCUGAUGCCUGGCAAUAAGGGUGGUCUUAGAGUAUGUCCGUGGAACGUUCGUGACAUUGCGUGCAGCGAUGGCUUGAUUAAACUUGUUGAGGUGGAAACUUAUGAAAGACCGGUUGAUGAACUGGCGUAUCAUGAUGACAUGCUUGUAGUUUAUGAUUCAGAUCUUUUGGCAGAGCGGCCGGUGCGGGACAAUGUUGGUUGGAAGAUAAUAACAUGGUAUAGGAUGACUUCUUGGAACUAUUGGCGUAAGUAGUGCAUGCAUCAUGAUGAGGAAAUAUCUGUUGACCACUCCAGGCAUCAGAUCAGCGACGAAGGCGAAGAGUUAGCUUUGAAAAAUGUGUCUGCAUCUUUCCCUGUUCUGAGUUUAAACUGCCACUGUGAUGAUAAUGUUUACCUGCUGUGUAACUUGAAAUCUGACACUAGAAAGAUAUGGUUGGUCGCUGUUGACCUGAAGAUGAAGCAACUGAUAGAUCUGGCACCAUUUUCUAUCGGAGGAUAUUUCAGUCCAGCUUACCCAUGUCAGUUAUCCAAAUAUCUGAAAAAAGACGCUCUAGACAACUGAGGCAAAUAGGCUGGUGCUUAUGCAAGGGACACAGCUGAUGGAGCAGAUUGCACUGAAUGUCUUCGAUACUGCGAGAGGAUAGCGGCCGACUGCUCCAUUACUCCAUGGAAUGCCAUGCGAGCGUAGUUCUGAAUUUGUAGUUUAACCGUUUGUUUCGGCAGAUAUGUUCUGUUUCUUUUCUGCUGAAUCUGGUGUAGCUGGUGUUGAUUUCUAUUAACAACAAUCGGAGGGGGCCCUCUUUUCUUCAGAAAAGAAAAGCUAUUUCUGAGCUAACUCAUGUUUCUAAGAAUGCCAGCAUUACUAGUGUCUUAAUUCAAUGAUCAAAGAUACAUCCAUU